GCUGGGCGCCGCUCGCCGUCCCGUGCACCAAACCCCAUUCACACACCACUUUACCCGGCUACAUGUGCUGGAGGAAGGCUGCUGAGUGAAACCUCGCCGGUGGGAGAGGAAAACAGCACUACUGCUUCACUCAUUCUCACUGCAAGGAAUUAAAUGCACAUGUAAAAAAUCUAAAAAAAAAAGAAAAAGAAACAGAAAGAAAUCACCGGACUGCGACUUUUCCCCCCUGAGUGAAGCCGGUGAAGUGAAACUGGACGCUGGGGAUGAGAUCUGAAGUGUGGACGGCAGCGGAAUUUGUCUUGUCGGCUGAUGAUUGUCUCGGCUGUUUGGUCUGGAUGUAAAAAAAAAAAAAAAAAAAAAAAACAAAACGAAACAAAACACUCACUGUGAUUGAAAUCCCUUCCAGCCUGCUCGGCUUUGUGUAAACGGGACUAAACGAGCCGUCGGAGCGCAAAGUGAAGAGUUUUUACACAGAGCAAGGUUUGGACAAAUCCUCAUGGGGGCCAUGUAACACUUCGACAGAGAGCACUAGAUUUCCCCAGAUUUGGGCUCCAGUUUCAAACGUCCUCCCGGCCGCAGUGAUCCACAUUCUGCUGAGUCUGGAGAACAGCUGCAAUCCUAGAGCGCCGAGGUUGUGUCCAGAGGGAUGUGUUUUAAACCCGAGCUGCUGGGAGGUCAAGAGGUGACAUGCCUCUGUAACACACCGCUGGAAACAAAUGAUCUGUUGCCAUGCCUCCGGGGACGCUGCGUUGUCUUUCAGUGUCGGCAGCCCGAACGCUGCUGUCUUUGCUGCUGCUGCUAGCUGCCAGCUGGCCUUUCACCUCUUUACCCUGUGGUGUUGUCCUCGGGUCCGGCUCCUCUCCCCCCAGCCCUUACCCCACCUUCUUCCGGAACGACACCCUCUUUGAACACUUGGCCCUGCAUCCGGACCCCGGCGUGGGUCGGGUUUACGUCGGGGCCCGAGAUCACCUUUUCCAACUGGACCGUUUCCUCCAGCCUGAACUCCAGGAUGACACAGGCCCAGUCACGGACAGCCGCGAGUGUUUGCCCCCGGUAACUGAGAGCAACUGCCCUCAGGCUCGGGUCACCAGCAAUCACAACAAGCUCCUAUUGGUGGACCCAUACUCCAUGGAACUCAUUACCUGCGGCAGCGUCAACCAAGGGAUUUGCCAGAAACGGAGUCUGGACUCUGUGGUUACAGUGCUUUUUUCCACAGAGAGGCCGGUGGACACUCAGUACGUGGCAGCUAACCACCCCAACGUAAGCACUGUCGGACUCGUGGUGCGUUCUCGUCCCGACAGGCAGCCGGUGCUUUUUGUGGGACGGGGGUACACCAGCAGCCACCCGCCAAUCUCCACGCGAAACCUCGCCCAGGAACCGGUCUUCUCCUACGAGGAGACCGCGAAGCUGGCCGUGGCUGGCCGCCUCUCAGAAUAUGACCAUCAUUUUGUGGCGUCUUUUGCCCAUCGCCAGCAUGUCUACUUCCUCUUCUACCGGCGGGAUUUGAAGUCUCAAUCGCGCGAGUACCGCACCUACGUCUCCCGUGUGUGUUUGGAUGACCAGGCCUACUACUCGUACGUGGAGGUGCCUCUGACCUGCCGCUCGAGGGCGGGAAAGAUUUACAACCUCCUCCAAGCUGUGAGACUCGGGCUCUCCAAGGACGGAUUUACGAGUGAAGGCCCAGAGGUUCUUCUGGCCGUUUUCUCCACUCGUUUGGCGUCAUCGACCCGCCCCAGCGAGGACUCAGCCCUCUGCAUGUUCAACCUCGAAGACCUGGACCGCAGGAUUAACUCCACCAGAGACCUGUGCUACACACAGAUGGGUAGAGAAGCGGGGAUCGAGGCGGCCUACAUUGAAUACGAAGUCAAAUCCAACUGUGCCAACCUGCCAGCGAACACCCUGGACGCCUACCCCUGCGGCUCCGACCACACCCCCAGCCCGAUGGCCAGCCGGAUGGCCGUGGAAGCCGAGACCAUAUUGGACAGCCCGUCCGCCCGUCUCACUGCCGUGGCCGUCAGCGUGAGGGCGGGACACACCAUCGCCUUCCUGGGAGACUCCAAGGGGAACCUGCACAAGGUGUUCCUGGGUCCUAACGGCGAGGUGGAGGAAUACUCUGUCAUCUCCGUUCAGCAGAACUCGGUCAUCAGCCCUGACCUCAUCCUGGACCAGAACGAGGAGCAUCUCUUCAUAAUGACCUCCACCAUGCUGCAGAAGAGGCCGGUGGCCGAAUGCCAGCAACACGGCGACUGUCACUCCUGCCUGCUGGCCCACGACCCCUACUGCGGCUGGUGUGUCCUGGAGGGAAGGUGUGUGUUGCAGUCGGAGUGUGCACGUGGUGCCCAGCCGGGCCAGUGGCUGUGGAGCUUCGACAUGGAGCAGCAGUGUCUGGCCAUCCAGGAGAUGAACCCCUCCAACAUCAGCAGGGAGGAGAGCCGAAUGAUCUCUCUGUCAGCUCUGGGCCUUCCAGUGUUAGAAGAAGGCGAGUCCUACUCCUGUUUCUUCGACGACAGCCAGAGUCCUGCCACCAUCACCAAAACUGGGGUCACCUGCCAUUCGCCAGACACCCAAGAGGUUCCCCCGGUGCCACCAGGGCAGGAUUUCGUCACGGUCACCUUGUCUCUUCGUUUUGGCGGCGUCACUGUCACAGAGAGGGACUUCACCUUCUACGACUGUACGGCUGUGAAGCAGCUGUCUGGCAGCAUGCCUUGCCGUGGUUGUGUACUGAGUCGGUGGGGCUGUAACUGGUGCGUUCACCAGCACAUGUGCACGCAUAAGCCCACCUGCGAGGAGGGGGUGAUCAUCUACAACCAGCACUUUAAACUCCCCACCUCAGCUCCUCCCACAACCCACUCUCCCCAAAUUGCCACGACACGUGCUGCCACGCCACGUGCUACCACAACGGUUGCCCCGACAACCACCACCCUCCCGGCCACCACCACCACAACAACCACCACAACCACGACUGUCGCUACGACGACAACAACAACAACAACAACCACCGAAGCCCCCACAACCGUAGCAACCACUCAGGAACCGACGACCGUUCCGACAACCACGACUCCGCCCACCACCGCCAGCCCCGAGCCGACCACGGUGCCCACCACCGCCCUGCCGCCCGGGCCUCCCAGCACCCUGCCGCCCACCACCCCGGCCCCCGUCACCUCCCCAUCCCCAGAGGUCAUCAUAGGGGAGGAGGAGACACAGACGGAGGCGGCGGAGCUCGUCAUCGUGUCUGAAGGUGGCGCUGAAGACCCCGCGGUGACACCGGGUGACGUCAAAAUUGAUUUGGCGCCCGUCGCCACUGCCACUGACGGUCAGAUUGGCGAUUUGGAGCCCAUGACCCCCCUGAUGAUCCCGGCGCCCGAGUCUGUCCCGCUGGAGGUGAUGACCGAGUCGCCCCCUGCUGGUACCCCGUCAGCCGAGGAGGCGUUGAGCCUGCCGGAGCCUCCCACCCAGGCCUCGCCCCGCUUCCCGCUGCCCACGCCGUUUCCUCUGAACGAGCCGGACGACUCGGACCCCUCCUUUUACCUCGACCCGACCCGGAGCCCGACCCCGCUGCCCUCGCAAGACCCGCAGCCUCCCACCGAGGCGGCAGGCGGCGCCGCUGACCCGGAGGUGCUCCUCUGGCCGGCCGAGGAAAAAGUGGACGAUCAGGCCGAGGUUGCCACGGCGCCAGAAAAUGACACGUCGACCUUUUCAGCGGCCGCGGUGCUGUCGGGUGACGGGGAGGUGGACCACGCCCCCCCGGCUUACCCCCGCCUCCUAGACGCCGACUCAGAGCUGGACUACCAGUACGACCCGGCAGAUGCCUUCCUCCCGGGGGACGAGGGCUCCUAUGUCAGCUGGGGUUCGUCAGCUUGUCCCUGUGUGGAGAAAGUCCAGGGUUCACCGCUGUUACCUGUCCAGGUGGAGAGGAAGAUCACCUUACUGGCCCGUAACCUGCACCUCUACCAGGACAAAGACUUGGACUACGAGUGUGUGUUGGUGAUCGAGGGGCAGACGGUGGUGGUGGACGCCUACGUGGAGAUGGACGAGAUGAACCCGUCCGUCUUCGACAUCACCUGUCAGCUGCACCAGUACUCGUACUCGGCUCCGCUGGAGGAAUACAACGCCAUGGUGUACGUGAAGAGGAGGGACACCUUCCAUGUGGACAGCGCUCCCUAUCUUUACGUGACUCUGUACAACUGUUCGGUCGGCCGCUCGGACUGCAGCCGCUGCCACACGGCCGAUCAGAAGUACGGCUGCGUGUGGUGCGGCGGCGCUCAGGCCAGCUGCCUGUACUCCGACUCCUGCAGCGAACCCAUCGAGCAGACCUGCCCCGCCCCGGUCAUACACACCAUCGAGCCACUGUCCAGCCUGUUGGAGGGGGGCACCGUGGUCACCAUCUCCGGCUCCAACCUGGGCCAGAAGGCAGAAGACAUCCUGCACUCGGUGACGGUCGCCGGGGUUCCCUGCACCGUCAUCCCCAGCCUGUACGAGAUCUCCUCCAGGAUUGUGUGCAGGACCAAAGCCAGCGGAGGAGAGAAGGUGGGCCAGGUGUCUGUGGAAGUGAGCGGAGGACAGUUUGGCCUGUCCACCCAGAGGUUCAGCUACCAGGACCCGUUUGUGAUGGGCGUGUCACCGGAGAGGGGGCCCAAGGCCGGAGGAACCUCCCUGACCAUCACCGGCCGAAACCUGCUGACCGGCCGUCCCACCGACCUCGCCGUCACUGUGGGAGGAGUGCCCUGCAACAUAGUGCUGGAUGUGCAGGAGUCCAGUGUUGUUUGUGUCACAGGCAGCAGCAACAAAACAGGAGAUCACCGGGUCACCCUGCACUACGGCAGCAGCCAGCGCCACCUGCACAGCGCCACCUACCGCUACACCAGCAACCCCAACGUCACCCAUGCCUCGCCUGCCAAGAGCUUCCUGGACGGUGGCCGGCUGAUCUACGUUUGGGGCCACAACCUGGACGUGGUGCAGGAGCCCAGGAUGGUGGUGACCGUCUCUCCCUUCGAGUCCAUCAGCCAGACCAAGAGGAGGAAGAGGAAGAGGAGGAGGAGGAGGAGCGGAGAGCUGGAGGUUGGAAGGGAGAAGACCUCGCUGGUGAGGCCGGCCAGGAUGAUCCCUGACCCCGUCUGUCCUGGAGACCCACUCUGCUCCGUCAAACAGUUCACGGAGCGCUGCGAGGUCAACUCCUCCUCCCUGAUCCAGUGCCGCUCUCCCAUGGUGGACUCCUCCGUCUGGGGGUCAAAGGUCACCGUGGAGUUCCUGCUGGACAACCUGCGUUUUGACUUCAACAACCUGAACCCGCAGAGCUUCACCUACGAGCCGAACCCCAUCCUGAGGCCCCUGAACCAGCAGGAGCCACUGAAGGUUUACCGCUACAACCCGGGCAGCUUCAUCCAGCUGGAGGGGGAGAACCUGGACUUGGCCAUCACUAAGGAGGAGGUGGUGGUGAUGGUCGGCGAGGGCUUGUGUGCUGUGAAGACGCUGACCAAAAACCAUCUUUACUGCGAGCCGCCGCCCCAGCAGCCCGCACCGGGACCCAACGGCAAGAAACGCGAGGGCUCGGACAACCUGCCAGAAUUCACCGUCCGGAUGGGCAAUCUGAACUUCUCCCUGGGGAAGGUUCAGUACGACAGCCUCAGCCUGUCCACCUUCCCUCUGGAGGCUCAGAUAGGAGUCGGGGUCGGAGCGUCCAUCGUGGCUCUCAUCGUCCUCAUCAUCGUGCUGAUCUACAGGAGGAAGAGCAAGCAGGCUCUGCGGGACUACAAGAAGGUCCAGAUCCAGCUGGAGAACCUGGAAACCAGCGUGAGAGAUCGCUGCAAGAAGGAGUUCACAGACCUGAUGACGGAGAUGAUGGACAUGUCCAGCGACCUGGUGGGCUCGGGGAUCCCCUUCCUCGACUACCGCAUGUACGCCGAGCGCAUCUUCUUCCCCGGCCACCGGGAGUCGCCGCUGAGGCGCGACCUGGACGUCCAGGAGUGUCGCAGGCAGACGGUGGAGCAGGGCCUGGUGCAGCUGUCCAACCUGCUCAACAGCAAGCUCUUCCUCACCAAGUUCAUCCACACUCUGGAAAGCCAGAGGACCUUCUCUCCCAGAGACCGAGCGUACGUGGCCUCCCUGCUGACGGUGGCGCUGCACGGCAAGCUGGAGUAUUUCACCGACAUCCUGAAGACACUCCUCAACGACCUGGUGGAGCAGUACGUGGCCAAGAACCCCAAACUGAUGCUGCGACGAACGGAAACGGUGGUGGAGAAGCUGCUGACCAACUGGAUGUCCAUCUGCCUCUACGCCUUCCUCAGGGACUCGGCUGGAGAGUCUCUCUACAUGCUGUUCAGGGCCAUAAAGCACCAGGUGGAUAAAGGACCGGUGGACGCUGUGACCGGCAAGGCCAAGUACACGCUGAACGACAACCGCCUGCUGCGGGAGGACGUGGAGUACAAGACACUGACUCUGAAUGUGCUGAUGCAGGGCGGGGGGGUGAACGAGACCCAGCCGCUGCCCUCCAAGGUGCUGGACUGCGACACCAUCACCCAGGUCAAAGAGAAACUACUGGAUCAGGUGUAUAAAGGCACCUCGUUCUCCCACCGGCCGCACACCGACUCCCUGGACCUGGAGUGGAGGUCGGGUGUAGCCGGCCACCUCAUCCUGUCGGACGAGGACUUGACGUCUGUGGUGCAGGGCAACUGGAAACGGCUCAACACACUGCAGCACUACAAGGUCCCAGACGGUGCGACGGUGGCUCUGGUCCCGCGUCACACCAAACACAUUCACCAUGACAACCACGACUACGUGGCAGGAGAGAAGACGCCGAUGCUGGAGGACGCUGACGAGGGCGGCGUGCGGCUGUGGCACCUGGUGAAGGCCAGCGAGGAGCCCGAGCUCCCCAAACACCGCAGGGGCAGCCUGAGGGAGAGAGAGAGGGCCAAGGCCAUCCCGGAGAUCUACCUGACCCGACUGCUGUCCAUGAAGGGGACGCUGCAGAAGUUUGUGGACGAUCUCUUCACGGUGAUCCUCAGCACCAGCCGCCCCGUCCCGCUGGCCGUCAAAUACUUCUUUGACCUGCUGGACGACCAGGCGGGGCACCACGGCAUCUCCGACCCCGAGACCAUCCACAUCUGGAAGACCAACAGUCUCCCGCUGCGUUUCUGGAUCAACAUCGUGAAAAACCCUCAGUUCAUCUUCGACGUGCAGACGUCGGACCACGUGGACGCCGUGCUGUCCGUCAUCGCUCAGACCUUCAUGGACUCCUGCACCAUCGCCGAGCACAAGCUGGGACGGGAUUCCCCCAUCAACAAGCUGCUGUAUGCCAGAGACAUUCCCCGCUACAAGCAGAUGGUAGAAAGGUACUACGCUGACAUCAGGCAGACGAUCUCAGCCAGCGACCAGGAGAUGAACUCUGCUCUGGCUGAGCUGUCCCGGAAUUACUCAGGAGAGCUGAAUUACCUUGUCGCACUGCACGAGCUCUACAAGUACAUCAACAAAUACUAUGACCAGAUCAUCACGGCGCUGGAGGAGGACACCACCGCCCAGAAGAUGCAGCUGGGCUACCGGCUGCAGCAGAUCGCCGCCGCCGUGGAGAACAAAGUCACCGACUUGUGACAGAGGAAGCAGCCGACGGCGCCGCGGCCAGCAGGGGGGUCGGGUGGGUACGGGGUCGGGUGAAAGGGGACCGAAUUAAGAGA